UCCAGGAGCUUCGGGAAAGGAAGGACGCCACCCUCCACCGGCAUAGGCCGCUCUGCCCCCCUUGCAGCUGCCCGCGGAGGGUGCCAAGGCGGGCCUGGCUCUCCAUGGGGGGAUGGAGAAGAAGAGCUCGGGGUGCUGUGGGGCCCCAAAGAAGCGGGGCCUGUCCUUCUCCAUCGAGGAGAUCUUAAAGAGGCCGGCUGAGAGGAGCGAUGCGGUCAGGCCGGAAGGGGCAGGUGGGCAGGCCACCGGGCAAGCAGCAGCUGCAGACUCCCGGCCGGAGAGACCCCCGCAGGACCAGCCCCAGGAGGAGAGGAAGGGCAAGCGGAGGAUCCGAACCACCUUCACCACCGAGCAGCUGCAUGAGCUGGAGAAGAUCUUCCACUUUACCCACUACCCUGAUGUCCACGUCCGCAACCAGCUGGCAGCCAGGAUCAACCUCCCAGAAGCUCGGGUACAGAUCUGGUUCCAGAAUCAGCGAGCCAAGUGGCGGAAGCAGGAGAAGACCAGCAGCCUUGGGGCUUCGCCGCAGCCCAGCGAGGCCGACUUGGCCCCGCCCACAAACCCGGACGUGGUCGGCCCCAUGCUGCUGCCCCCUGCACGGCCCAGGCUGGCUCCUCCCAUAGGUUGGUAUCCACCGGCUCAAGGUCAGCUGGCCUCUGCCUGGCUCCCCGCCCGGAUCGCCCUCCUCCCAUGCCACCCAUGGGAGACACAGCCUCUCCCGGGCCCUCUCAUCAUGCAGCAGACCUGCAUCCCUGCACUUUGCUUUUUUGCACCUCCGCACCCCAAAUGGGGCAACAUCUGUGCCACUUCCACACAGGGACCAGACAUCCUCUCCUUAGUGGAGCUGCUCUCUUCUCCAGGUGAAGACAGGUGGCGGGAAGGUGCCCAGGUCUCUGGGGGAAUCAAUCUCACGAUCCAAAGACAACCCACAGCCCAGGAAGCCACCCUGAGCUUGUCCCUUGGAAGGUCGCAUCGGACUCAGCAGCAAGGUGGCCAAUAA